AUGAUCCAACGAGAAAAAGAAGUUUUACGAGAGUUUGAUAUUGAGCCUGCUCGAUUUCGGAAAUUUUCACAAUGUGUUAAAACUAAUCAACAUUUUGAAACGACAAAGACAUUGGGAUAUUUUACAAGGAUGUCGUUCACUUCAUCGUUCGUCACACUCGAUGGAAUCGAGUUUAAAAUCUCAGAUGUUCUGGAUCCCCCAAAAAUUGAGGAAUUAUCAUCCGAUUUUCGAAUGAAAGAUCCAACUAAUCUUCUUCUUCAAAGUGAGUAUGACUUCAGCAAAGAGCGAAAUGUUUUAUCAAGAAUUGAAGAGAGGCGAACUUCGGAAAGAAAAAUGGCCGAACAAGAAGAGAAAAGAAGACAGCAGUCUUUGAAAAGGAGAGCUGAUCUAGAGAAACAAAAAAUGGAAAAAAUGAUCGAGAGGCAGCGAGAAGUUUUGCAGAGACAAAGAGAAUUAUUCCUGGAACAGAAGAGAAGGCAGCAAGAGAACAAAGAAAAUGGUGCAACAACACCAGACAGAAAUAGUCCGAACCAAGAUCGGGAAUCGCCGACUUUGGACAAUGCUUCAGAAGACAAACCACCGCCUCUGCCUCCUAAAAAUCCAUUUUCACAAGUUGGGAACACAUCUAUUCUGACUCCACUGCCAGCAGCAAGAAAAACCCUAGUUUCAUCACCUUCGCAUCAAGCCAGAUUAAACCAGGCACAACCAGUUUUAUCCGGUCAAAACCAGAUCUGGGUAGAUUUUGAAGAUAAGGAACAGGAUCCUUUUACAAACAUGGAAUUAAAGACUAUUGAUGAUAUGGCUGAACUACAGACUGUUCUUUCAAACAUUAAGAUUGAGCCCCCAGCACGAAACACCGAUUUCACUUUGCCAUCCUAUGAGGAGGCAACAACAUCAAAUUAUCCUACAAUUGAAGAUGGCCAUGAAUCUCUGGAUAACGAUACACAAGAGGGCACUGAAGAUGCAAAAUUGUCAUUGACAAACCCGUUUUUAUCUGAUAUUGCGGAAAUAUCUUCAAAAUUGAAGACGAUUGUUAAAUCAGACAACGAGAGCCCAAGAUCUUCGUCAUCUGAAGAAACACGAGAUUGUGAAAAUGUGGAAAUUAAACGUACACAAGAUGGCACCUCUUCACCAGAAUUCACUUUGCCUAAAAACACAGCUGGUUUGUACGAGAACGUUAGCUUGUCAGAGGUUAAUGAAAUCGCUACAAAGCUCAAUCGGCCCACAAUGAGGUCGCCAACAAGUGAGACAAGUUCAGUCUAUGAGUUUGCGAAAGAUCCCGUAUCCCCAAAUGAGGAAAGAUCUCCUCUCCAAAUUCAAUUUGAGCGAAAAAUGUCUCAAAAGGGGGUCGGAUCUCCCCCAGCAGAUCCAACUGCAGUAUAUUCUUCAAUAGUAAGGCCCACAUCAAGAGCAGCAAAAUCACCUGAACCAGUUCCAUCUAGUCAAAGCCAGUCAGUUGCAGUACCAACUGGUAUACCCCAGUCAAAGCAAUCCACUGAAAUGACAAUAAACCCAAUAUUAUCAAGGUCAACUAUGCCCAAGCCAGAACAACCUGGAACAGGUAUUUUAAGCCAAGGGCAGAUCAAUCCAGUUUUAACUGGUUCUAACCGCCCUUUUCAAGGAACAAAAUUAUUGCCUGUAAGUUUUGGUGCUGUCUCUAGUUCAAUAAGUGCGACUGUGCUGCCCCCUAUUUCAUCGAGCAACACCCAAGCAGGUGGUGCUGGGAAUUAUGUAAACAUAACCCCUGGGUCUAUUUCUGACCCCAAUUUGGGUCAAACUACGGUACAAGAUCCCCCAAACCCACCCGUCCCACCUCGUGACCGAACAGGGGCAUCUGCACGUUUACCCCCCAUACCAGCAAAAAUUCAACCAUCUACUGUUACAGCCUCUUCAAACGGUACCCAAUCAAACUUACCCCAAACCGGACAUAGCCAUUUGUACCCCCCUUACGCUCUCCCUAAUUCAACCGGCCCCAGCGUAACACUCAACUCCACGACAAAUGUUGUCGGGUUCACAAAUACAAAACCAGCAGUUUCGAGACCGACUCCUCCUCCCCCAAGAAAAACCCAGAAUGGCCCCAAUACGUCAUCGUCGACCCCUGAGAUAAGUUUUAUUGCAAAAUCACGUCAGGAUCGAGCAAAGUUUGAAGAAACAAUCAACAAGGCAUUGAGCAGUUUGCCGAAAAAUCCAAAACCAGUUAAAAUAAAUAAACCUACAUCUCAGCCUUCAUCUGUGAAUCAUACAGCAUCUGCAAAACCAAGAACUCCAUCGCCUAAUUCUCUCCUUCUUGCUGCUCUGUCUUCAGAAGAACGUGAGUUCGUCCAAUCAGUGACCUCUAUGGGAUUUGAUACAGAGGCUACGAUCCGUGCAAUGCAGAAGUAUGGGCUUGACGCUAAGGAGGUUGUCGAUCAUCUGUGUGACGUGCAGCGCAUCGUUGAACAAGGUUUUUCAACAAGAAUGGUGCAAGAUGCGUUGGAAAUGUUUCAGAACGACGGUAAAGAGGUUGUCAAAUAUCUUCAACAAGCCGGUCAACUGAUGGACAUGGGAUUCAAAGAGGAAGACGUUCGUCAAGCAUUGAAGAAUAGCAAGAACGAUCAGGCUUUAGCAAUUGAUCAAUUAAUGGGACAAACAUGACACAAGCCAGCUUCGAUAUUCUACGUAGUGUUGGGGAACGAAUAUCCAUCAAAGACUUGGGUCAUCAAAUAAACUGACCUUUUCCUGUCCCCCCCCCUUCUCGCACUCACCAAUAAAAGUAUUUUGGUUACUUCCGAAGUAUGUGAACCAAGAUGGAGGACACUGUAACGUAGUAUGUAUACCAGGUUAGGGUUUUGCCAUAAUUUUAUUUUAAUUUUCUCUAUUUUAGUUCUAUUACGAGUUCUGGGACUAGCCAAGUGACUCUCGUAGUAUUUGUACCUGAAAUUAUGGCCUUCACACAUACUACGUUUCGGUGUCCGCCAUCUUGGUCCACAUAAGUUUACCCAAGAAGUAUCCAAUUUUGUUUAUGUGGCCCAUUCAUCUACUGAAUACUCACACAGACAAAGUAUUUGUUUUGCUAAUAUAUUAGUUCUCAUGAUAUUAGUUUGGGGGAGGGUUAUCUGGAAAAGGUUCAAGUUAACACCCGUGAUUUACUUGACUUUGGAUGGCACAUGACUUGUAUCAUUGGAAGUAAAUGCGUCGUAAAAUUGAAAACCUUUGGGAUAAGUAGAUGCAGUGCUAGGGAGAUGCCUAUAACCCCAACUCGAACUCUCAAAUUUUGACAUAGGAGAUUUGAUCGUUAUCGCGUAGUUAUGGUAACUAUGACUCCCAGAUGAGCUCAUUUUGAGAAACCCUGCCCUAACCUUUAACCUGCCAACCACCAGUCACUGGACUAGCUUCUCUAUCAGUUCACUUAUUUAAUAAUUUUUUUUUCAUGACUGAUACCUAUUCAUUAGCUUAAGCUUCAUUAUAUAUUGUUUGCCUAUUGUAUUGCAAUGUAUGUAUUUAUGCACUUUCACAUGCUAUAUUGUGUAAUAUAAUUUCGUUGUUUC